AUGAGGGGGGAUGAUAUAUGGAUUGGCCAAAGUUUGGGGAAAUCUACGUCUUUAGAAAAAGCCGAUUUAUUUCUGGAAUCUAAUCGCCGUUGCUUUAAAAUAUUGUCUGAGGUUCUCUACAGUAUAAACAAGGUUGAAACUCUUGCUCUAAACAGAGAGACCACCAUGGUUAUAUUCUUUCCCAGCAUGGCAAUAGGGGCUGUCUAUGGAGAUUUCAUGCCACUGCUAUUAGAGAAUGUUUGUUAUUUGUCUAUUCAUGUUGGAAGCUUUCGUGAUAUGCUAGUCCCAGGAAUGGUCUCCACUUUUCAAGGAAUGUGUAAUUUGAGUACUUUGGAAAUAAAGUCUGACCCAGAAUUCUUUGAACCUAAAACUGAUUGUUCUGGGUUUAAUAUGGGAUAUUGGAGAUUGCAAAACAUUUAUUUUAUUCAUCAACUUAAGGAAGUGACCAUAGAGCUUUCCAUUGGAUCUAAUGGAAUUCAGUUUGCAAAAUAUGUGCUCGAGCAUUCUCAGAAUUUGAAGAAAAUGACAGUUUUUCAUGCACCUCAGCAGUCGAAAGCUGUAAGGAAGAUAACAAAAAGCAAGAUUGCUUCCAGUGCCAAACUUGCCUUUUUGGAGGAUAGAGAAAGAAGUUGA